UAUGACUGUACCACGUGCAAUGCAAUGUAAACGCAAUUUAAUCUUAAACCUCUCCUCCCACGUCCACCACUCCCUAACGUGGGUCACACUGGCGUUGCAACGCGAAACACGGCCUCUGGAGCGGGCCAGAAACUUCCCGUGGCCACCCCCUGGCAGGUUAUUAGCCCAAUCAGGGCGAGAGGGCCGGCGACACGCUUCCCGGUUAUUGCUGCCAAUCACUUUCACAGGGAGUAUGCCUGUCACGGCCCAGAGGCUCCGCCGCUACCUCACUGCCUGGUUAUUCACGCUAACUUCAGGAGCGUACUGUGAGCGCAGGGAAUCGGAGGGUUGCGGACAGCAGCGGGAGCACAGCUACCUGGAGACGCUAACAAUGGAUCAUCUGACUGCUGCAAAUGUCAAAUUUGCGGUUGAUUUCUUCAAGCAUUUGGAUAAAGCUGACAAAUCUGGCAACAUCUUUGUGUCCCCGUUUAGUAUAUCCAACGCCCUGGCUAUGGUGUAUCUUGGUGCCAGCGGAAAUACAGCAACGCAGAUGGCAAAGGUGCUUGCUUUUGAUGAAGUCAAGGACGUCCACUCUGAGUUUCAGAAACUUCAACUUGAAUUGAACAACCCUCAAGCAAAGUACGUGCUGAAAACGGCCAACCGCCUUUUUGGAGAGAAGACCUACGACUUCCUUCCAACAUACCUUGCUGAUACACUGAAAUACUAUCAGGCAGAACUGGCUCCAGUUGAUUUUCUUACUGCAGCAGAAAAAGUCAGACAGGAGAUCAACACCUGGGCAGAAAAACAAACUGAUGGCAAGAUCACAAACCUACUGGCUGAAGGAUCUGUUGAUGAACUGACAAGGCUUGUUCUUGUAAAUGCCAUUUAUUUUAAGGGAAACUGGCGGAAAAAAUUUAAUAAAGAAUUGACACAUGAUGGGGAAUUCAGAAUAAAGCAGCAUGAAACAAAACCUGUGCAAAUGAUGAAGCUAAAAAGCAGGUUUGCCUUCACUUAUAUUGCAGAAGUUUCAACCAAGAUACUUGAGCUCCCCUAUGAUGAUGGUGAGCUUAGUAUGGUCAUCCUAUUGCCAGAUGUAAAUGAUGACUUCACUGGGAUGGAAAAGCUUCAGAGUCAGCUCACGUUUGAUCAUCUGAUGAAUUGGACCAACCCAGAUAUGAUGAACGAGAUAGAGAUUAAUGUGGUUCUGCCCAAGUUCAAACUGGAAGAAAAAUAUGAUCUUGAGUCUAUCCUCACACAGAUGGGGAUGGUGGAUGCUUUCAACACCGUGCAAGCUAACUACUCCGCAAUGUCUAGUAGAAAUGAUCUUGUUUUGACCAAAGUAGUGCAUAAAUCCUUUGUGGAAGUUAAUGAAGAGGGCACCGAAGCAGCUGCUGCAACAGCAGCGAUCAUGAUGUUGCGAUGUAGUCCGAUAAGAUUCGACUUUGUGGCUGACCAUCCGUUCCUGUUCUUCAUCCGGCAUAACAAAACACGCAACAUUUUAUUCUUUGGAAGAUUCUCAUCUCCUUAGACCUGGUGCCAUUAGCUUGCAGCAGUUUUCAAUCCAUUCCUUUUUUUUUCACCUAACAUUUCUGUGUUGGGUAGAUUUUCAUGAAGUUAAGCGAAGGCGUGGAAUGAAGUAUAGUAUUAAUGUUCUUUACUCUAACCAACUGAGCUUUGGUAUGCUAUAAACAUGUAAGCUUUCCUUAGAGAAGUAAAUGCUUAUACUUUGCUGCUAAUUAUCAUGACAUGAAGAGCCUGUGAUUGGAAUGGAUAGUUCUAAAAUGCUGAACUUUCAAAAAUAAACACGUGCUUUUUGUUAAA